AUGGCGGCGGUGUCCACUACCGUACACUUGCAAGACACCAGAAUAAAGAUCCAGGAGCACAGCGAUGAGGAGCACGAGCCGUACUCCCCGAACACCAGAGACACCAUCAGCCCCGAGUACCAGGAAGAGGAUAAACAAGAAGAGAGAUCGAUACACACCUCCCCCUUCUCCAUUCACAACGUCCUGAAGAAAGAGAGGGACGCCAACAGCCCUGAGAAUGUCUUCUCCACGGAGAAGCUGCUGCAGAACACGCCGAAUUUCGACGACGGGCAAAACUCCAGGACCUCAGAGAGCGUCAGCCCGAGGUUGGAGGACGACGACACCAAUGCAAACGAGUAUAGAGCCGAGAUAAGCGUGGACGAUGAGAAUUCUUGCUGCAGCGAUGACACAGUCCUCUCGGUUGGCAACGAAGCACCCAUCUCCACCUAUCAGGACAGCGAUAAGAGCAACCCCGAGACUUCACAGGGCCUGUCGUCAUUCAAGCACAUACAGACCCAUUUGAACGCGAUAUCGCAGCUAAGUCAGAACCUGAGCGUGAGCCAGCCACUGCUCCUGCGCCCCAGUCCGGUCACACCGAACCCCCUAAUGUUCCUAAACCAGCCGUUGCUGUUCCAAAAUCCGCUCGCCCAAGUGGACCUGAAGGCGGCAGUGCCGAACAGGGCGCCACUGCCGCAGGCCAAUUUGCACCUUGCCCCGCAGAACUUUGGGCUGAAUUUCGGUCUGCGGAUGAAGAGUCCGACGCAAGAGCGCCUUAGGGGCGACGAGGGCAGACGCUACAACUACGCGACGCCGAAAUCGCCAGAAAACGAGUCGGGGCGGGAUUUCAUCAAUCAGAACUGUCUCAAGUUCAGCAUCGACAAUAUACUGAAGGCCGAUUUCGGCAGGCGGAUCACGGAUCCAUUGAACAAGAGGAAGAAUCUGAAGUCCAGGUCUUUCGAGGCUAAGGCGCCCGCUAAGGAGGUUCUGCUGCCGUCUAAACCGGAAGUGCUGGAGACAAGAGUGCCCGAAGUGAAGCCUUCAGACAAAGGCGCGAUCGACCUAUCUAAAAGUGACGACGGUUCCAGCAAUCAGAGUAGUACCACAAGUACGACCGUUGGCGAGAACGGGCCCAUGGUGUGGCCGGCGUGGGUGUACUGUACGCGGUACAGCGAUCGACCGAGUUCGGAAUGUGACGCACUCGCCUGCGUCGGCCGCUUCGUUAAACCAGAAGGCGCC